AAUUGUCAUAAUUUGUACAUUCUGUUUGCAGAAGUUCUGUUGUAGUCUUAAUGAAACCACCUGGAGUCGAAGGCUCACAGUAAAUCGACAUGGGGAAGUUCUCAACCCAGGAUGAAGUCUGUAUUUUGCUUUUUUGUGCUCUGAUGUUGACAUUCGGCGCUACAGAGCAACUGUUCUUCCAUGUGUCGACCAGGGCCACCUGGGUCGAGGCCAGGAGGCACUGCCAGGCUUGUUUCAAAGACCUUGUGACUUUGACCCCAGACAACAUCCAGAUCAUCGUCCGGAACCUGUCCUCAGACUACUGGGUCGGACUCCGCAAGAACUUUAACUCGACAGGCAACUCCAGUGUGUUCUGGACCCGCUGGGCCAAUGGGGAUCCCCUCACCUUCCAGAACUGGCUUCCUGGUCAGCCGGUGUUGAAGUCCCGCCCCCCAAAGACACACUGCUGCAGCUGCUCAUGCACCUGCCCGGCGAAACCAACCUUGGCGAGCUUCACCACAAGAUACACAAACCCAAUGCCGACCUACAGCUAUUCGGCAAAUCGGACCUCUGCAGACUUCACCACAACAUACACAACCCCAAUGCCGACUGACAGCCAUUUGGGGAAUCGGACCUCGGCAAACUUCACCACAACAUACACAACCCCAAUGCCGUCCAACAGCCAUUCUGCGAAUCGGACCUCUGCAAACUUCACCACAACAUACACAAGCUCAACGCCGACUGACAGCCAUUUGGGGAAUCGGACCUCUGCAAACUUCACCACAACAUACACAACCCCAAUGCCAACCAACAGCCAGUCUACAAAUCGGACCUCUGCAAACUUCACCACAACAUACACAACCCCAAUGCCAACCGACAGCCAUUCAGCAGAUCGGACCUCUGCAAACUUCACCACAACAUACACAACCCCAACGCCAACCGACAGCCAUUCGGCGAGACAGGCCUUGGCGAACAUCACCACAACAUACACAACCUCAACGCCGACUGACAGCCAUUUGGGGAAUCGGACCUCUGCAAACUUCACCACAACAUACACAACCCCAAUGCCAACCGACAGCCAUUUGGGGAAUUGGACCUCUGCAAACUUCACCACAACAUACACAACCCCAAUGCCGACCGACAGCCAUUUGGGGAAUCGGACCUCUGCAGACUUCACCACAACAUACACAACCCCAACGCCGACCGACAGCCAUUCUGCGAGACGGGCCUUGGCGAACAUCACCACAACAUACACAACCCCAAUGCCGACUGACAGCCAUUUGGGGAAUCGGACCUCGGCAAACUUCACCACAACAUACACAACCCCAAUGCCGUCCAACAGCCAUUCUGCGAAUCGGACCUUUGCAAACUUCACCACAACAUACACAACCUCAACGCCGACUGACAGCCAUUGGGGGAAUCGGACCUCUGCAAACUUCACCACAACAUACACAACCCCAAUGCCAACCGACAGCCAGUCUGCAAAUCGGACCUCUGCAAACUUCACCACAACAUACACAACCCCAAUGCCAACCGACAGCCAUUCAGCGGAUCGGACCUCUGCAAACUUCACCACAACAUACACAACCCCAAUGCCGACCGACAGCCAUUUGGGGAAUCGGACCUCUGCAGACUUCACCACAACAUACACAACCCCAACGCCGACCGACAGCCAUUCUGCGAGACGGGCCUUGGCGAACAUCACCACAACAUACACAACCCCAAUGCCGACUGACAGCCAUUUGGGGAAUCGGACCUCGGCAAACUUCACCACAACAUACACAACCCCAAUGCCGUCCAACAGCCAUUCUGCGAAUCGGACCUUUGCAAACUUCACCACAACAUACACAACCUCAACGCCGACUGACAGCCAUUGGGGGAAUCGGACCUCUGCAAACUUCACCACAACAUACACAACCCCAAUGCCAACCGACAGCCAUUCAGCGGAUCGGACCUCUGCAAACUUCACCACAACAUACACAACCCCAAUGCCAACCGACAGCCAGUCUGCAAAUCGGACCUCUGCAAACUUCACCACAACAUACACAACCCCAAUGCCAACCGACAGCCAUUCAGCGGAUCGGACCUCUGCAAACUUCACCACAACAUACACAACCCCAAUGCCAACCGACAGCCAGUCUGCAAAUCGGACCUCUGCAGACUUCACCACAACAUACACAACCCCAACGCCGACCGACAGCCAUUCGGCGAGACAGGCCUUGGCGAACAUCACCACAACAUACACAACCCCAAUGCUGGCUGACAGCCAUUUGGGGAAUCGGACCUCUGAAAACUUCACCACAACAUACACAACCUCAACGCCGACUGACAGCCAUUUGGGGAAUCGGACCUCUGCAAACUUCACCACAACAUACACAACCCCAAUGCCAACCGACAGCCAUUCAGCAGAUCGGACCUCUGCAAACUUCACCACAACAUACACAACCCCAAUGCCGACUGACAGCCAUUCAGCGGAUCGGACCUCUGCAAACUUCACCACAACAUACACAACCCCAAUGCCAACCGACAGCCAUUUGGGGAAUCGGACCUCUGCAAACUUCACCACAACAUACACAACCCCAAUGCCAACCGACAGCCAUUCAGCGGAUCGGACCUCUGCAAACUUCACCACAACAUACACAACCCCAAUGCCAACUGACAGCCAUUCAGCAGACCGGACCUCUGCAAACUUCACCACAACAUACACAACCCCAAUGCCAACUGACAGCCAUUCAGCAGAUUGGACCUCUGCAAACUUCACCACAACAUACACAACCCCAAUGCCAACUGACAGCCAUUCAGCAGACCGGACCUCUGCAAACUUCACCACAACAUACACAACCCCAAUGCCAACUGACAGCCAUUCAGCGACAGAUUCAAGUGGAGUCCCCAGAGUCACAAGCCAGAGGCCAGCCACUGCACCUGUGACGACCACGGAACCACCAGUAACAGCAGAAUGUGUAAAAACACCAAUGGAAUUUCCAGAUGACGACUUUGACCCUGUCGACAACUUCAUUGAAGACGCCUGCGUGGUCAUGCUCAGCUUUGGGGCCUGGGUGGAGAAGAACUGCUCAGAGCUUCUGCCUUAUAUCUGUUAUGACGAUCGCUUCGAUGGCCAAGUCCAGGUGACCAACAUAACAUCCACGAGUGCCGACAUCACGUGGAAGGAAGGACCUGAAAACAUCACCCACUACCGCGUAGAGGUCAGAACGGGCAAACAAAGGCCAAAUUUGACCACAGAUGCUAUAGCGAUGCAUGUGACAACAAAUCUGAGCCACCACCUUCACGACCUGGUGUCAGGUUCCCGCUACUUGGUUCAGGUGUUUGCUGUGAAGUGUGGCAGAGACCUGAACCCACUGAACGCCACCUUCUACACAGCACCUCAGAGAGUUAAAAACCUCAACGUUACUCAUGUGACGAACACUUCUAUCAGCCUCAGUUGGGAGAAACCGGAUGGGAACGCUCUCAUCUACCGCAUUAAGUCUCUGAGUUUGACUAAGUCCAUUGAGGUCGAAACUGAAGGAGUGAGCAUCUCCAACCUGGACCCUGGAAACCCCUACAACUUCAGCGUCUACUCCGGAGUCAAGGACAAGUCCGAAUGGAGCGACGGAGUUAGCAUCUCAACAUAUACCAAGCCAACGAUAGUGUCCAACCUGAAGGUAUCUGGGAAUGACAGCUCGUUACUGCUUGAAUGGGAUCUACUCGCUGGAAACGCCUCAGGGUUCCACAUCACGGUUUCUUGGAGUGGCACACAGAAUAGAAAUGAAAUACUCAACCAAAAUGAGCGGCAAUUUCAAGUAAAUCACCUGCCGAGUGGAACGAAGAUAACACUACGUAUUAGAGCGCUGGCCGACAGCAAUACUCUGCAGGGAGAGGAAUCAAUUGUGGACAGUUACACUGCUCCUCGCAGGGUUUCUGGGCUGAAUUUGUCCACAACUGCGAACACUCUGACAGCCACAUGGGACGCUCCAGACGGAAGUGAUUAUUCUUUUGAAGUCCAGCUUAGGCUGAAUGAUGAAUUAAAGGCCAAUAAAACAAGGAGCACAUCACACUGUUUUAAAGAUUUGAAGACUGCGGCCAACUACUCAGUGCGUGUAUACAGCAUCAGUGGAAAACUUAGGAGCGAACCAGAGGAAGAGUGGAAAUUUACCUUGCCGGAAAAGCCUGUCGAUGUCAAAGUUGCAAAUACGACUAAAAACCAAAUCACCAUCACGUGGAACCCACCUGAAAAUGCCGGGUCGUCUGCAUAUCAUGUCAGGGUUAUCUCAGACUUCUGGGGCCAGAACAGAAACUAUUCUGUAGAGGACAAAACCACCUUCACAUUUAAGAACUUGACUUCAGGGACCAGAUACAAACUUGAGGUUUGGGCAAAGGCUGGAGGUCUGGACAGUGAAGUUGUGACUUUGUUGCACUGUACAGAAACUGAUGAAAGGGAGGUCACUCUGUCCAUGAUGUGUUCUUCAGAAACGCCUCUAUUCUGUGGCGAGAGUACAACCAGGGCCGAUGUGUUUAAUCAGUUGGAGUCACAUUUCAGGAACCUGUUGGGGGACAGUGUUGCCUGGAAACUCGAGAAGUUGGAGCGAGCAAACACAUAAACCUAAAAUACACAACUUUAUUUCUUUUUUUGGACUGAAUUUGUUAUGACUGAAUGUAUUGCGAAUCAAAGGGUUUCUUCUUUCUAUAAAAUACAUAUGGAAUAGAAUUAAAAUGAUAAUUCUAUAGAUAUUAUUAUUAUUAUUAUGCAAGACUUUUUUAUUGUCAAUUCACUAGAUACGCAGACAUACAAAUGAGAUACUGUUUCUGUCUCACCUUGCUAUUUAAUACCAUGAACUAAAAAAAAGAGUAAAAGUAGAAUUAGAAUAAAGUGGUACAAAAGGUAAACCAUAAUAGAAUAUGAUAGAUAUAAAAGCUGUCAUGUUAUUAAAGCUAUUUAUCUAACACUGGUAGUGCAUUAGUUAAGGAGAUAUAGCUGUGUUUUCUUUUGUUCAACUCUGUCUUCAGUCAAAUGUACAAAAUUAUACUAAACUGCACUUAAUCAGAUUUAACCCUUAAAGACCCAGAACUAUGUCUGUGAUGAGCCCCAAGUGAAUUAUUCUCUGCAUUUAACCUUUCCUAGGUAAUUUAUCAACAUUUAUUAUAUCAUCCUCUGCAUUUUUCAGUUAAUAUCAAGUAUUUUCUUGUAUUUAAUUCACUGAUCAUGUAGAUGUUCAUUCA